AUGAGGCCCCUCCUGGUGUUGCUGCUCCUGGCUACUGUGUGUACUGUCCUGGCCCGGGCCCUGCACUGCCACGUGUGCUGCGGCCACGAGAACUGCGAGUCUCUAGUGGAGUGUGCCCCGACGGACAAGUUCUGUGUGAUCACCAGGGCGACCAACCCCGGCGGCAUCCUUGUCAUGAAGUCCUGCGCCCCGACCUGCCCCAACAGCACUGUGUCCUCGGACGGCCGCGCCCUCUCUGUCUCCUGCUGCGAGGGCAGCCAGUGCAACCGCAGCGCAGCCUCGGGCCUUGGGGGCAGCCUGGGGACCCUGGGGGCCAGCGCCGCCGCCAGCCUGCUGUGGGCCCUGCUCCACGCGGCUUGGUGA